GAGAUUAGUUUUCUUUUCAAGUUAACAGGCAUUAAACGGUGUGUCGUGACGCUCUAAACCCUAAGCCCUUAUCUUCGUCUUGUGCUUGAAGCGCAGUGAAGGGAAGACUCGUGUCUACUUUCAACGCAACCUCUGAAGAAGAAGCCGAUGAUUCUUCACCGUUCCGCUUUGAUGUUGCAUCUCCAACUACCAUCAGUUCGAUGCCGUUUUUUCUCCCAUUUCAAGCAUACAUACUCUUUCCUCUCCACUUCUUCGCCUUCUUUGGUUAAGGUUCCCUCCAUUUCGCUUUCUCGUCCUCGCCAACGGCUAUUCCGGGCGUUCGAGAGUACCGUGGUGGCGGUAGCAGAUGCCAAAGGGAGAGACACAUUCUUGGCGGAAGAAAAUGUUUCGUGGAAUUCACUUGGUCUGUCUGAUGCCAUUUCCCGAGCUCUCUCUAGUAUUGGGCUCGAUAGGCCAUCUCUGGUCCAGGCUUCUUCUAUACCAUCUGUGCUCUCUGGAAAGGAUGUGGUCAUUGCAGCAGAGACUGGUAGCGGCAAAACACACAGUUACCUAGUUCCUCUAAUAGAUAGGCUUCGAGGUUCCAAAAACAAUUCUGCAAGUACUGUCCAUAAUCAUAAAGAGUCUCUCUCCGAAUUUCUGCUCGUUCUGUGUCCAAAUGUACAACUCUGUGAACAGGUAGUUCAAAUGGCUAGCGGUAUUUGUGGGGACAAUGGUGCACCGAUUGUUAGUGUGGCAGCCAUUUGUGGUAGACAGGGAUGGCCAGUUCAUGAACCAGAUAUCAUUGUGACAACACCCGUUGCUCUUCUAAACUAUGUUGAACAAAGCAGAAGCCGUCGAAUGGAAUUUAUGCGUGGUGCUAAAUAUGUGGUAUUUGAUGAAGCUGAUAUGCUUCUGUGUGGGAGUUUCCAAAAUAAAGUGAUUCGUCUGAUAAACUUGCUUCGUUUUGAUGAAAAACUAUUAUCCCAAUCAAAAGAACCAGUAUCAGAGUUACCAUUGGAGCUAGAAUCUACCUCAUCAUCACACAGUGCUGUAUAUGGUGAACAGAAACAGCCUGCUAUAGAAACCAUCUCAGAAGGUGGGGAUGAUGAUACCCAUAUGGUUGACACCAAUAAUGAAGCUGGUUCAAUCAAAAGAAAAGACUGGAGGAGAGUGAGGAAAAAUUAUGAGCGUAGUAAGCAGUACAUUUUUGUUGCAGCCACACUUCCUGUGAAUGGGAAGAAAACAGCUGGAGCAAUGUUAAAGCAUAUGUUUCCUGAUGUCGAGUGGGUUAGUGGAAAUUAUCUUCAUUGUCACAAUCCAAGACUGGAGCAGAGGUGGGUUAAAGUUACUGUUGACACACAGGUGGAUGAACUCAUACAGGCUGUGAGACAAGGUUUCAGUCAAGACUUGGAUAGUUUUGGGGGCAUUUCUCGAACAAUGGUGUUUGCCAACACUGUUGAGGCUGUUGAAGCUGUGGCAAAGAUAUUGGACGGAUCAAGGAUUGGAUGUUUACGCUAUCAUAAGGGUCGCACCUUGGAUGAGAGAGCUAAGGCCUUAGUCGAAUUCAGAGAGAAAGGUGGUGUUCUUGUAUGUACUGAUGCAGCUGCUCGUGGUGUUGAUAUCCCAAACGUCUCACAUGUUAUCCAGGCAGAUUUUGCUAGUUCUGCUGUAGACUUCUUGCAUAGGGUUGGUAGAACUGGUCGAGCUGGUCAAUUUGGACUUGUUACUAGCAUGUACACUGAAUCUAAUAGGGAGCUUGUUGAUGCGGUUCGCCGAGCAGGGGAACUUGGUCGACCUGUGGAGAGAGCAUUUAGCAGGAAAAGAAGCUUCCGUAACAAGAUCAAGAAGAGGGCGGCAAACCUAGUCAGAGAUUCAGCCAUUAUUAAAGAGAGUGCAAUGGCUUGAGAAUACAAGGUUGCGUAGCUCUCAUUCUAAAACAACGUUGGGGCCAGUUGGAAGCAUACUAGCCACUUACAUGACUCCAAGUGAAACGCGUUGGCAUCUGCUAUUCGAUCCUACGAUUUGUUGUGAAUUGCCCAAGAUCCUGAAUCCACCCCAUGUGAAACUUAUCAUCGCUGGUGCAAAUUCUGGCAAGCCAGGUCCCUUUCUUUCAGCUUCAGUAAUUUGCUAACCGAAUUUUUUUUCCUUUUCAUUAUUUCUAAAUGAGAUUUACGCUACAAAGCAGGAGCAGGAGGACCUGUCAGAUUAGUAGUUUUGAUUGUAUGUAAAAUUGUAUAUACCCAUGAAUCAAUAAGAGUUUGCGUACGCAUUCUUUGUUCCCACCGUUGAGUAGGAUUAGAGGACAAGGUUGGUGCGUAUGAGCGGUGGGAGCUAUUGCUCAAACCAUUGAUAUAAACAAUUAUAAAUACUUUUAUGCAA